GUGCUUUGCUGACUUGGCCUGGCAACUCUCUGGAACGGAUCUAAUAAGGGAACCUCCCAGGCGCUGCUGUGCGGUGCGGAUUCUGUAUGCCCACUGCCAUCGGAAGCCAGGGGUCUACUGCUGUCGUCUCCCACCCAAUGUGUACGCCAUCCGUGAUGCAUCAUCAGGCAGAGCCUCCCGUACACUGGGCGGGCUUGCCAUCCACGCUGUCGCUGCGAAACCGUAUUCGCACGUCGCUCGGCCGGGUUGUCUUGUCUCGGGUCUCACACGCCCCAGAGUAGGCUGUAGACAUUGAUAACCUCAAGACUUUGUUCAUGCACAUUCGUUCACCGUC